AAAUAAUUAAUAAGUUUUCAAAAAAAAAAACAUUGAAUCAUAAGUUUACGACUAACUUAUAGCAACAGUUGGCUUUGUAGAUUUUUGUGAUACAUUUUCAAGAUUCAAACUCGUAAAUUGUGUCUUUAUAAAUAGCUUUGGAAACAGAUACUGUUACUGCGUAAAAAUAGAAUAAUAGUUAAUAGAGUGGAAACUUUGGUGUGUAGUUUUCGGUGGAAUCUUUGUGAUAUAAUGGCACAAGCUGUAACCCGUGUUAUUUUAAGAUGUGAAACUGCACAAGAGACUGAGACACUAGAUUUAUCAGAAUGUCAGCUGAUGCAAGUGCCUGAUGCAGUAUACCAUUUGAUGCGACACACAGAACUCAAGAGUUGUGACCUCAGCGGAAAUGUUAUUACUAAGAUACCACCUAAGUUCACUGUUAAAUUUAGUUUAAUCACAGAUUUAAAUCUCGCAAACAACCAAAUGGCAAGGCUACCGGACGAGCUCUGCACACUAGCUUGUCUGGAGCGGCUGGAUAUCUCGCACAACAGCUUUGUAUCAUUGCCUCAGAUCGCCUGCCAGUGCCCCAGCUUGCACACAUUACUGGCACACCACAAUCAAAUCAUUGAAGUGGAUGUAGACAGAUUAGCUAGAUCAAGAGCUCUGGAGUAUGUAGACCUCAGUGAUAACCCCGUACCUCCAAGAGUGCAAGCCGAAUUGAAGCAGCUCUCUCGACCCUCUGUGUCAAUAUCAGAACGAGAAAAAGAAGAUUGGGAAGAAGAUCUCUUGAUAUAACUUAUGGACAAUUUGUGAAGUGAAUUGUGAAGGACUAAAGAUGUGAUUACUUGUGUAACACCUGUAUGGAAAGAUAUUGUUGUCUUUUUCACUCUUUCAAGUAAGAGAGAAAGCAAUAUAUUUUUAUACAGGUUUUAUGAGAGGGGAAACUCCCUAAGGGUGACCUGGUCCUAUCUCAGCUGUGAUCUAUCAAUGUGUGUAGAUUUUUAUUUUUAUUGAGUAUUAUAAAACUCAUUAUAUUAAGGUAUUAGGUUAUAUGUCAGAGAUUAACAUUGUCCGCUCAAAUACUAUUUUUUGACUUGAAUUAUUAUUCUUCAAAUGGUACUUAAAAGUUGAUAUGACUUGAUUAUAUUAUACAUUUAUAUUUAGAUGUUUUUGUUGUAUUAAAAACUAGUCGAAUCAUACAUACAUAAAUAAUUGU